CCGUCCCCCAGCAGACGCGGAGAACCGGAGUACCGCGUCCGGGACGGUAAGCAUCUCUUAUUGCCCGAUGUAUCAUGGAAACAUGGGUAGGGAUAGAUUGAUUGACGGCCCAUUCAUUGAUCCAUCUAUUACCGACUCAUCCCAUCAGGGCAGAUAACAUGCACAAGACCUUGCCACCGUCACCAUCACCAUCACCAUCACCAUCACCAUCCACCAUCCACCAUCCACCAUCCACCAUCCACCAUCCCAACUUCCAACAGGAGAAGUUCACCCCCCCCCCUCCAUCAACCAGUUCCCAAAAACCUGAAAUCCCGAACUAUAUAUAGUUGGCGUGGACAAGGUCAGGCUUUCAGCAAGGACAACCCCAAUAAUUUCCUCCCAAGCCAAUAGAUCCCCCGCCAGCGGAUCAUCACGACGCCAUCUGCAUGAUUUGAUGGAUCGAUAGAUAGAUAGAUACCUAGAUGCCCCUCCCCCCUUCUGUCUCACCCCCACGAGGCUCUUCCCUCGUGGAAGAGCAGUAGUGCGAGCAAGCAAGCAGGCAGGCAGGCAGGCAAUGAACCCUCCCUGAUAGAUAGUAGGUAGAUAAUCACCAAGCCCAACCUAACCCGGAUAUGGUGGGUGCCAUGGUCCACAGACCCCCUCGGA